GCAAAACGGACCCCCUUCGUCGCGGUGGGUUAGGAGCCCUGGCAGCCCUUUUGCGGAGGCUCGUUUCUGGCAUCAUGGCGCAGAGAGCCUUCCCGAAUCCUUAUGCUGAUUAUAACAAAUCCCUGGCCGAAGGCUACUUUGAUUCUGCUGGGAGGCUGACUCCUGAGUUUUCACAACGCUUGAACAAUAAGAUUCGAGAGCUUCUUCAGCAAAUGGAGAGAGGCCUGAAGUCAGCAGACCCUCGGGAUAGCACUGUUUACACUGGCUGGGCAGGUAUUGCUGUGCUUUACUUACACCUCUAUGAUGUGUUCGGGGACCCCACCUACCUACAGAUGGCACAUGGCUACGUAAAGCAAAGCCUGAACUCUUUGAGCAAGCAUUCCAUCACCUUCCUCUGCGGGGACGGGGGACCACUGGCAGUGGCUGCUGUGGUGCAUCACAAAAUGCACAAUGAGAAGCAGGCGGAAGAGUGCAUCACCCGGCUAAUUCACUUAAAUAAGAUUGAUCCCCAUGCUCCAAGUGAAAUGCUCUAUGGACGAAUGGGCUACAUCAGUGCUCUUCUGUUUGUGAAUAAGAACUUUGGAGAGGAAAAGAUUCCUCAGAGCCAUAUUCAGCAGAUUUGUGAAACAGUCUUAACUUCUGGAGAAGACCUAGCUAGAAAGAGAAGGUUCACAGGAAAGACUCCACUGAUGUAUGAAUGGUACCAAGAAUAUUAUGUGGGGGCUGCUCAUGGCCUGGCAGGAAUUUAUUACUACCUGAUGCAGCCCAGCCUUCAAGUGAGCCAUGCGAAGCUACAUAAUUUGGUCAAGCCCAGUGUAGACUAUGUCUGCCAACUGAAAUUCCCUUCAGGCAAUUACCCUCCUUGUGUGGACGACAGUCGUGAUCUGCUCGUCCACUGGUGCCACGGAGCUCCCGGGGUAAUCUACAUGCUCAUUCAGGCCUAUAAGGUGUUCAAAGAAGAACGGUAUCUCAAUGAUGCCUAUCAAUGUGCGGACGUGAUCUGGCAGUACGGCUUGCUGAAGAAGGGGUAUGGGCUGUGCCACGGCACUGCAGGGAAUGCCUACGCCUUCCUGUCGCUAUACAAGCUCACGCAGGAUGCUAAGUACCUGUACAGGGCCUGUAAGUUUGCUGAAUGGUGCUUAGAUUAUGGAGAACACGGAUGCCGGACACCGGACACUCCCUUCUCCCUCUUUGAAGGAAUGGCUGGAACAAUAUAUUUCUUGGCUGAUCUCCUAGUGCCCACAAAAGCCAGGUUCCCUGCAUUUGAACUGUAAAAGGAAAGUUCCCCCUCUGUUGCACCUCUGCAUGCACCUCUAUUAUCAAACCUUCGCUAAAGCAACAAUAGAGUCAAGCUCUGUAUGUAGUUUAGUUGACUGUUUUUUCAGAAUAUGUCUUUAGUUCAGUUCCUUUUUGUUAUUGACUUUUAUUUUAAAAU